AUGUCCACUAGGGGCGGAGACGGCGGCGUGGCUGGCUGGGUCGUCCAAGUGCUCACCGCACGCGACAGCGCGUCUGUCCCUGGCGAGUCCGCAGCGAAAGGGGUCGCCUGCAACCUGGCUCCCUCCGCGCUUGGCCCCCUGGCUGGGCUGCCGACGCCCGCGGUCGCCUUUGGCGGCCCGGCCGCGGGAGCGCUCGAGGCCCUGGCCCGGCCGGCUCCGCUCCGUGCCCGGGCAAGGACCCUAGAGCAAGGGGACUUCCUAGUGGCUUUCUUGGACGACGUGUACAUCAAGACCACCCGGGCCAGGGCCAGAGCCGCUUUCGACACCACCACCGGAGCAAUUCACCUCCACGCAAACGUGGAUUGCCACCUUGGCAAGUGCCGGGCCUACAGCAGGGGCGGAGGCGCAGCGCCGCCCGGAAUUGGCGAGCUGGGACAAGACGUCUGGAGGGGUGACAGAGCACCACCCGACCGAGGAAUCAAGAUCCUUGGCACCCCCCUAGGCACCCCAGAAUUCGUCGCCGCACACCUGGAGAGCAGACUACAGGAAGAGAGGAGACUCCUGGACGAACUGGCGCACCUGCCCGACCUACAGUGCGCUUGGCUCCUCCUCCUCCUUUGCGCCUCCCCGCGGGCCAACCACCUGCUGCGAACCCUGCCGCCAGAGGAAAUCGCAGAAAACGCGAGAGGCCACGACGGCGACAUGUGGGCCACCCUGCGCCGCCUCCUCGGGGACCCCGCAAUGUCGCAAGACGAAGAGCGACGGGCGCGCGCACUGGCAGCAAUGCCUGGACGACACGGAGGACUCGCGCUCCAAAGCGCCGCGCGCACGUCCCCAGCGGCCUACUGGGGCGCUUGGGCAGACGCCCUACACAUGCUCCACCAACGGCGCCCCGUUGAAGCCGCAGCGAUCAGAGACCUCCUCGACGGCACCAGGCCCGGCCGUAGGGGCAACCUUGCCGCAGCCGCCGCGGCCGCACAGCUGCUAGAAACCGAAGGCUUCCGGAGUCCUUCCUGGACCGACCUGCUCCAGGGGCUGCGCCCAGAAGCGCCGCCGCGCUCGGAGGCCGCCGAACCGGGGGAAUGGCAGCACGGCUGGCAGUUCCACGCUUGUUCCGCACGCAACACACACGACAGGGACAACGUGUUCAUGCCCAGCCUCACCAGGGCCAACCAGGCCAUGCUAAGGUCAGGCUCAGGACCGAGGGCCGCCUACUGGCUUCACACCUUACCCACCACCGAGGGGCACGUGUUCAAGCCCGCGCGGUUCCUGGCAGCCCUGCGCCGGCGCCUCAGGCUCCCGCUGCCGCUCCUCCCGCGCACGCGCGGGGCAGCCGGCCACCCAGGCUGCCGGGCCCGGCUGGACACGCUGGGAGACCACCUAGCCGCGUGCCCACGCACGGGGCUUCUCGCCAGACGCGCGAAACCGCUCGAACGUGCUUGGGCGAGGGUCGCCAGAGAAGCAGGAGGGAGAGUUGUCCCCCAACAGCUGCUGCGGGACACUAACGCCGUUGUCCACAACCCGCUGGACCGCAGACAAUUAAACCUAGUCGUCGACGGCAUCUCGCCGAACGGCGCCCCGCUGUGCUGCGACAGCACCAGGGUGUCCCCCCUCCGCAGGGACGGCUGGCACCGGCCGCGCGCCUUCGACACCGACGGCGCCGCGCUACUUGUGGCCGAAAGGCGCAGACGACGCAGGUACCACGAACCCGCGGCCGGCCAUUCAGGCCGCCUCAUGGUCCUUUCCUGCGAGGUCGGAGGCAGGUGGGGCCGCGUCUCCCUCCAGCUGGUGCGCCGGCUUGCCAAGCAGAAGGCGCGAGCUGCGCUGGCCCUCCUCCGACGCUCCGCGGAGCUCGCGUACACCAACCGCUGGUGGGGGUGCAUGAGCGUCGCGGCCCAGGACGCGCUCAUGGCCACCCUGACGGGCGACGGCUACCUAGCCUUGGGGGGCGCCGCUGGGGAGGACGACCCAGACCUGGCCGAAGUGCUGCUCGCAGACUCCGCCGGUCCACCCGCUAGCCGCCUGCCAACACGGCCCUGA